AUGGCAGAUUUAGAGAGCCAGGUAGCACCAAGCAACCUCCGCAAAGAAAGAACCAGCAACUGCUUCAUCUACUGUUUGGUGGGGUUCAUGAUCUUAUGCUCUGCCGUCUUGGUUUUCGCAGUACUUAUUCUCCAUAUCAAACCUCCCGAGGUCAAACUGAGAUUAAUCAACGUAAAGGACCUCAACGACUCACCUUGGCCUCCUUCCUUUAACACAACUUUGGCUGCGGAGAUGACUGUGAAGAACCCUAACUUCGGGGUCUACGAGUUCGAGCCGAGCACGGUGAGUUUCUUGUACUGUGGAAGCAGAGUCGGGAGUUCAGUAUUGGUGAUGGGGGAAGCUAAAGGAAAAAAGACAGCGAAGGUGAGUUUUGGGGUUGAUGUGAGGUCGAAUAGGCUACCGGAAGGGCCUAAUACUCUGAUCAGCGAUAUUGAUUCCGGGAUGGUGAAGCUAAGCGGCUCUGGCACGGUGAGUGGUAGGUUUACAUUGUGGAAGAUUAUAAAAAAGAGGAUGACGGGCAAGAUGGAUUGCACGAUGACGUUGGUUGUGAAGAGUAAGACCAUCAAGGGUCUAGUAUGCAGAUAA